UGAAAGAGGCGGAGUCUAGCGGAAGCAGAAUCAAGAUGGCCGCCUUCACUGAAAGGAUGGCGCCUGUCUUGGUGCUCUGGCUGGCUGUGUGCCUGAGCGGUACCUGGGCCGUGGACCGGGGAAACUUCAAGACCUGUGACCAGAGUGCCUUUUGCAAGCGCCAGCGAGCAUUGAAGCCCGGUGAGUCUCCUUAUCGAGCCCUGCUGGAGACCAUGGAGCUGACCAACACCAGACUCACCCUGCAGCUCAUCAAUGACAACAACAAGGUGCGUCUGCUCCUCGAGCUCUACCGCCUCCAGGGGAACAUAACUAGGGUGAAGAUUAACGAGCUGAAGCCGCUGAAGCCUCGUUAUGAGGUCCCAGACGUCCUCGUCAGGGAGCCGCCUACUGAGCCCCUGUCUCUCUUGUCUCAGGACGAGAACGGGGUGGUGCUGUCCCUGGGGCCCGAGUCUCAGAGGGUCAUCGUUAGCGCGCGGCCCUUCCGCCUGGACAUCAUGGAGGGACGUGACGUGCUGAUGUCGCUGAACUCUCGCGGCCUGCUGGCCUUCGAGCACCUGAGGAUGCGCAAGGACACUUUCUCCUAUAAAGUAACUAGCACAGUGGCUAGCGUGUGGGAUAAUAUCAAGAGUGUAUUCUCUAGCAGUCAGGCAGAUCCAGAGGCUGAGAAGAAAGAGGAGGCUGAUCCCUCAAACCAGGCCGAGGCAACAAAAGAAGAGGAAGAGAAAGUGGAAGACGGGAUGUGGGAAGAAACUUUUAAAUCGCACACUGACAGCAAACCUAACGGUCCAUCUGCUAUUAGUUUAGAUUUUUCACUGCCGGGGGUUGAGCAUGUCUACGGUAUCCCAGAGCACGCAGAUACCCUCAGACUUAAAACAACAGAUAACGGAGAUCCGUAUCGGCUCUAUAACCUGGACGUGUUCCAGUACGAGCUGUAUAACCCUAUGGCCUUGUACGGGGCCGUCCCUGUCAUGUUAGCCCACAAUGCUCAGCGGACUACAGGCAUCUUCUGGCUCAAUGCUGCAGAGACCUGGGUGGAUAUCAGCUCCAACACAGCUGGAAAGACUGUGUUUGGUAAAAUGCUGGAUUAUGUUCAGGGCUCCAGUGAGACACCACAGACAGAUGUGCGUUGGAUCUCUGAAAGCGGCAUCAUCGACGUCUUCAUCAUGCUUGGACCGACUCCCAAAGACGUCUUCUCCCAGUACGCCUCCCUCACAGGCACCCAGUCCUUCCCUCCGUUGGCGUCCAUCGGCUACCACCAGUGCCGCUGGAACUACAACGACCAGGAAGACGUCCAGUCGGUGGAUGCCGGCUUCGACGAGCACGACAUCCCCUAUGACUACAUCUGGCUCGACAUCGAGCACACGGACGGGAAGCGCUACUUCACCUGGGAUCCGCAUAAGUUUGCGACGCCAAAGGAGAUGCUGCAGGGACUUUUGAACAAGAAGCGCAAGAUGGUGGCCAUCGUGGACCCUCACAUCAAAGUUGACAGCAACUACAAGAUCCAUAACGAAAUCCGCUCUCGGGGUUUUUAUAUCAAGAAUAAAGAUGGUGGAGAUUACGAGGGCUGGUGCUGGCCCGGCAGUGCCGGCUACCCUGACUUCACCCGUGCAGACAUGAGGGCCUGGUGGGCCAGCAUGUUCGCCUAUGACCAGUAUGAGGGCGCCAUGGAGAACCUGUAUACGUGGAACGAUAUGAACGAACCGUCUGUCUUCAAUGGGCCUGAGGUCACCAUGCACAAGGACGCAGUGCACGGAGAGUGGGAGCACCGGGACGUGCACAACCUCUAUGGCUUCUACGUGCAAAUGGCCACAGCGGACGGUCUGGUCCAGAGGUCAGGAGGAGUUGAGCGACCAUUUGUCCUGACUAGAGCCUUCUUCGCUGGGUCUCAGCGCUACGGUGCCGUGUGGACCGGUGAUAACGCGGCCGAGUGGGACCAUCUGAAGAUCUCUAUCCCCAUGUGUCUGAGUCUGGGUCUGGUUGGAAUCUCCUUCUGUGGUGCUGAUGUCGGUGGCUUCUUCAAGUCUCCCAGCUCUGAGCUGCUGGUGCGUUGGUACCAGACGGGGGCUUACCAGCCGUUCUUCAGGGCCCACGCCCACCUGGACACGCCCCGCCGUGAACCCUGGCUGUUCGGCCCAGAAAACACGGCGCUGAUCCGUGAAGUUGUGCGCCAGCGCUACACGCUGCUGCCUUACUGGUACCAACUCUUCUAUGAGGCACACAGCACUGGACAGCCCAUCAUGAGACCUCUGUGGGUGGAGUAUCCUCAGGAUCCAGCUACUUUCGCCCUGGAUGAUGAGUUCUUGAUCGGGCGAGAUCUGCUGGUUCAUCCCGUUACUGAGGAGGGAGCUCGGGGAGUGACGGCCUACCUGCCCGGUAAAGAUGAGGUCUGGUUUGAUGUCCACAACUUCCAGAAGCACAACGGGGCCCAGAACCUUUACAUCCCUGUCACCAUGAGCUCUAUCCCUGUUUUCCAACGCGGUGGCUCCAUCAUUCCCAGGAAGCUCAGAGUUCGUAGGUCCUCCUCCUGCAUGGAGCACGACCCCUACACUCUUUAUGUGGCUCUGAAUCCCCAGAGAACCGCAGAGGGGAAGCUUUACAUAGACGACGGCCACACCUUCAACUAUGAAAAGAAGGAGUUCAUCCACAGGAGGCUGUCCUUUGCCAACAAUGUGCUCUCUUCUGUGAACCUCGCCCCCGACGCCCAGUUUACUACAAGCUCCUGGAUCGAACGCAUCAUCAUACUGGGAGCCAGUAAACCCAGCAAGGUUACCCUUAAGACUGCUGAUGGACAAGUGAGCCAGAUAGAGUUCGAUUUUGACGCCUCUAUGUCUGUUUUGACGCUGCGCAAGCCCGGCAUGAACGCAGGGGCAGACUGGAACGUGAUGCUUCAGUAACCAUGGAGACUGUGGAGGAGGAGGAGGAGGAGGAGGAGGAGGGGGAGGUGGAGCAGGGGUAGAAAAUUACUGAACUGGGCCGAACAGGGGGAGAGAGAGGGGGAGGAAGGAGCAGACACAAGGCACUAAUACCCAAAACUAACUAAAGCAUGACGACAGGAGGGCCAUCAUGGAGAAUAAAAGACAAAAAACACAUCAACUACCCAGUUUUCAAACACACACACACACACACACACACACACACACACAACCCCAUGAAUACCUGUUAGUCGACCUGAGCCAUUUAACUUCUCUGCCAUUUCCCUCAUGUGUUCAGUCACACUGUAAUACCUAACAAAAAGAGUUCAGGGUUACUGCUAGAUAGGAAUUAUUUUUGUUGCAUUUUACAGAUAACAACUGAGCGGAUUAAAUCAUGCCAUUGUUAUGACUUUUUUUUUUCUUUAAUUGUGCACUCGGAGGUCCAUCCAGUCUGCCCGUGAAGAAAGAUCACAAUUAAUAGUAAUUGUUUGCCAUUUAAAAUGAAGGUUCACAUUCAAAGCAUAUGAUCCACCAGCUGUUGAUCCCCUCUGUCUGUUUACGACUCUUCAAUAAUUCAUUCCAUCCAUCUCUUAAGCCAAGCACUUAAAUCAGCUAAGAGCUCGACCUCCUUUACUCGUGCCACAUUUCAUAUCUGGGGUGAUCUCGCCAUAAAUCGUCCAUUGUUUCUUGAUACAUUUUUUUUUUUUUUUCCCCCAAUGCCACAAAUCUUCUUCUCAUGACAAUUUCAUUCUUAUCUGUCCUGUCCUUGAAUUUGUGUGCAUGGAGAUGAAUCAUAAUCAUCAAACUGGAAGGGAUCAGGUCGUUCGCCUGCUGUACAAGGAGGGGGAUUUUCAGCUGUUGUUUUGAACAAAGUUGGCGAUGAGAAACAUUUCAGGGGGCUGAACCAAUGGUGGUUUGUGGAUCAUCCUGUUGAUGUGCUUUCUUUGUUUUAUCAAGUUAUUUUCCCAACAUUGUUUACUAGAUUAUUUUUAAUGCACUUGAGGAAGAGUCAAAAAUUGUAUAGAUUAUCAUGUGUUCCUAGGUAUUGGGACAGUCCAGGAUUUCCACUGUGUUGUUUGGAUCUUAAGGUGAGGUUUCCACUGAGCACUCAAAGACACCGAAUGAUAUUCUGGAGACUGGUUCAUGUCCUGUCUAGUCAAGUCAUUUGACCUUUUUUUUUUAAAGGGUUUUGUUUUGUGAGUUUGUCUCCUUGAUUGAUUUUAUGAUCAUAAGUGUACAUGUUGCUGCAUUUUGUUGGUGAUGGCUUGAACUGGUGGAAAUGGAAGUGAAGGACUGGACUUCAGCUGUCAAUCAAAGUUGUCAGAUGUACUCAAAAAGAUGAGACCAAGUGAAAAUAAAGUUGACCAAAUGUUAAAAAAAAACAAAAAA